AUGCUUGUCAUACAGAUUACUAGAGCCUUUAUCAGCGCAUUCAAGUUCCUUACGCCUCUUUUCGAGACUCUCAGUUGCACUUUUAACGGCAUUACCAAUCAACUUUUUCAACGCUUUGGCCAACUCCUCAAGCCCUUUACCAUCACCACCAUUCCCAUGCUUAACCUGGAUCAACCAGUCGAUGGAGGCCGACGAAGGAGGCCAAGGAGGGAGGUCAAAAGAGGUCAGGGAGGCGGUGAGGGGGUGGAGGAGGUGGGUGGACAGGGUGAGGGAAGCGAAGGGGCGAAAGAGGGCGAUGAGGGAGGAAGAUGGGUGGAGGUAAGGCGAUUUCGGAGGUGGAGGGGGAAGGCGGAAAACGAGGAUUUGGGUGAAGGACCGACGGAGGAGGUGAUGGAGGGGGAAAGGCAGGGAGCGAAGCGACCAGUGAAAGAGGAGGUGAGUGAGUGA